GUACAUCACUGAAGUGUCUCCUUACUUUGACUCUAUAAAAUUAUCUCGCUCCAAGUCUUGUUAUUUUCAUUAUUAUUUGUUCUCGAAUUUUCAACAUAAAAAAUGCACGUAUAUGAUCACAUUUUCAGGCAUUAAUCAAACAGACUAUCGUCGUCUUAUGAAAGGAAAGCUUGACAUUGCAUUUACUUGCAAUCUAUGCAAGAACACAACAGAAAAUGCUCCUGUAGAAUCCACCAGAUUAGAGCAAGACAGUGAGCAACGUUCCACACUGACAGGAUAUGGUACCUUCAAUAUCUCCUUGAUUAGCAGAAAAUCAAACUCUAUAAAUUCCACAUUCACAGAAGUACCUUCAGCUACGAGCAAUCCAACAAAUCUUCCCCAUGCAUCGCCAGUUAAUACACCACACAGAAGUGGUUUAUUACGAGUGCCAAGACGUAUUCUGUCGCCAUUGUCACCUAACAGGACAUAUAACGUUGUAAGUGUGGCACCAGAACAGUCAUUAAUGCAGCCACCAACAUAUAAUACAACGAGAAUACUCAGCCCUUCACUGCCCGAUGCACCUCAGACACAUUCAAACAGAACAACCAGUGUGCAUCCUCUAUCGCCCUUACCACUUGAUGCGUCAUUUGACUUUACCCAUCACCAAGAUGAAAAUGACGACCAGGAGAUUGUUGAAAAUUCCAUACAAGAGCCGGAGUUGCCUGACACAAUUUUACCAGAUGGUCCACCUACAUUUUCUAUAAUAGAAAAGGGGACACAAAGAAGUAAUUUAAAACUGGUUAGCAGUGACGGUUACGAAUACACAAAGAAGAUGUCUAAAGGCAAUUUCACCUACUGGAGAUGCAUCAAACGAUCAAAAGAUGCGUCAAUGUGA